GAGGGAGAGAGAAAUCCAGAGAGAUAGAGAGAGGGAAAUGGAAUAUAUGUUACAAGGAGAUAACUAAGGAAGCUAUUCCCCUACAUCAAGAGAAUAUCUUCUGAUCAGGAUAGAGAUUACUUGGGUUUGAUUCAUUCAUGCAUUAUCUCUCUCUAAACUUAAGUUAACUUGCUGGGGUGGUUUUUGUGUGUUUAAAUAGUAUAGUAAUUGUUCUUCUACAAUGGCUAUAAUCACUUCACUCGUACAAAUAUUGGGUUCUUUGCUUAGGUCUUGUUUAUUCAUUCCUUACCAAAAUUCUAACAACUACCACCCCCAUCAUCACUGCAACACAGCCCAUCAUCAGCUUCCCAACAAUAUGCCCAAGGGUAGACAUCUCGCUUUGCAGACAGUGGAGCUUCAAGUCAGGAUGUGCUGCACAGGUUGUGAAAGGGUUGUCAGAAAAUCUAUUCUCAAGCUCAGAGGUAUUGAUUCAAUAGAAGUGGACUUAGAAAUGGAGAAGGUGACGGUAAUGGGUUACGUGGAUCCACACAAAGUACUAAAAGCAGUGAGGAGAAGUGGUAAAAGGGCCGAGUUCUGGGCAGAUAAGCCGUUGUAUUUUACAACCACCAACAACUACUUCAAAGAUAUGACAAAUGACUACAAAGAGAGUUAUAACUACUGGAGACAUGGUUAUAAUGUUGGUGAAAGACAUGGAAGUCUUAAUGCAACAACCAGAGGUGAUGAUAAAGUCAGUAAUUUCUUCAAUGAUGAUAAUGUUAACGCCUGUUGUCUCAUGUAAGCGGAACCUUGAUCUUAUAUCAAAACGAUGUUGUUGUGCAUGCAAUUAGCAAGUUCUUAGUGAUUUGAUUAGGGAACAGGUCCGGGCCAGGUUAUAUCUAGGUCACGGUUAAUGCAUCUGUUUUCUUUGAUAAGUGUGCACCACACAUGUACUAAUCAUGUGGGCAUCUUAUAUAUAGUUAUGCGUUGUAGUGUUGAUUUGCAUAUGCAUCUAAAGAUCCCAUAAGGCUAGUAUGUAAGGAGGGAAUCCAUAAUAUACUCUAUAAUUUAUGUAACUUAACUAAGAUAGCCUUUGAGUACCUCCGAAACACAAUGACAUGUCCUAUAAAUAAAGACCUUUAACCUGCAA